CGGAGGGCCGGCCCCGCCUCCGGAUCGCGGUUCGCUCGGUCUCCGCUGGCCCCGGGUCGCUCUGCCUCAGCCGCUGGAGUAGACGACGGGACCCCCGGGGGCCCUGGAAUGGCUCUGCACACCAAACGGAGUGGAGUUAGGCAGGCAGAGGUUCCUCGUCACCAACCCCAAACUGCCUUGGCUGUUGUUCCUUCCCCCAGAAAGGACUCAGUGGCUCUUGAGGAUGUGUCUGUGAACUUUACCCUGGAGGAAUGGAUUUUGCUGGACCCCUCCCAGAAGAAACUCUACAGAGAUGUGAUGCUGGACACCUUCCAGAACCUGGCCUCUAUAGGAGAAAAAUGGGAAGAUCAGAACAUUAAAUAUCAGUUGAAAACCCAGGAGAGCUGUCUAAGCCCUUAAAUGGUAGAAAAAGUCUGUGGGAGCAAAGACAAUAAUCCAAGUGGAGAAACAUUUAGCCAGAUUCCAAAUGUUAAUCUAAACAAGACUACUAGAAAAAAACAUGCAAAUGUUGUGUGUGUGGCAUAGUCUUCAUGCACCAUCCAGCCUU